UGCAUGAUUUUGCAUUGUUGUGAACAGAGCAAAUGGAAAUUGCGAAAUCAAAAGCUCCAGGGGAAUUGUUGAACUGGGAUGAUAUUAAGAAGAUGAAGUAUUCAUGGAAUGUAGCGUGUGAAGUGAUGAGACUUGCACCACCCCUCCAAGGAACUUUUAGAGAAGCAAUGACAGAUUUCAUGUACAAUGGUUUCUCAAUUCCAAAAGGGUGUAAGUUAUAUUGGAGUGCGAACUCGACACAUAAAAAUUCAGAAUUCUUCUUCGAGCCACACAAGUUUGACCCAUCAAGGUUUGAGGGAUCUGGACCCGUACCUUACACAUAUGUGCCUUUUGGAGGAGGACCAAGAAUGUGCCCAGGAAAAGAGUAUGCUAGAUUGGAAAUACUAGUGUUCAUGCAUAAUCUGGUAAAGAGGUUCAAGUGGGAGAAAGUAAUUCCCAACGAGAAGAUUGUUUUCGAUCCCAUGCCUAAUCCUGAAAAAGGCCUUCCGAUUCGCCUUUUCCCUCACAAAGCUUAAAUUGGCUCUAGAUUGUUAAUGAAUAAUGCUAUAUGUAUCAAUUAGUGUACUAACUAGUAUACCAAUUGAUGAUGUGAUAUAUUUUAAAAUAUUUUUUGUAUUUGUAAUUUGUAAAAUGAGUGGGAUGAAUAAUAAUAAUAAUUUCUCACUCGCUCAAAUAUGUAUUUAUUGUAAGUAUUUUAUCCUCAAGUAUCUGUGUAUGUCACUGUGGUUAGGAGGUAUAACCAAUAAUUAAUUCCUAUGUAUUGAUGCAAAA